ACCCAGGGUCUGCAGCCUCGGAGGGUCUCUCCACCGCGGGGAGACGCUCAGACGCGCGGAGCCCUUUGUACUUGGCAGCCAGAGCCGGUCUCCGACCAGGUGCCCCGCACGCACCCUACGCAGCCAUGUCCUCCUACCCUCGCGUGGCGCUGGUGACCGGGGCCAACAAGGGCAUCGGCUUCGCCAUCGCGCGCGACCUGUGCCGGCAGUUCUCGGGGGACGUGGUGCUCACAGCGCGGGACACGGCGCGGGGCCGGGCGGCCGUGCAGCAGCUGCAGGCUGAGGGCCUGAGCCCGCGCUUCCACCAGCUGGACAUCGACGACCUGCAGAGCAUCCGCGCUCUGCGCGACUUCCUGCGCAAGGAGUACGGGGGCCUCGACGUGCUGGUCAACAACGCGGGCAUCGCCUUCAAGAGUAAGGUGCUGCGUAUUCGCAGGGGAGGCGUUCUGCCAGCGUGCUUGGAUCUGUCGGAGAAUCGCUGUGUUCAUGAUUCCACACCGUUUCAUAUUCAAGCAGAAGUGACAAUGAAAACAAACUUUUUUGGUACCCGAGAUGUCUGCACGGAGCUACUGCCUCUCAUAAAACCCCAAGGCAGAGUGGUUAAUGUGUCUAGCACUGAGAGUCUCAGAGCUCUUAAAAACUGCAGCCCAAAACUGCAGGAGAAGUUUAGAAGUGAGACCAUCACGGAGGAGGAGCUGGUGGGGCUCAUGAAUAAGUUUGUGGAGGAUACGAAGAAUGGCAUGCACAUAAAGGAAGGCUGGCCUAACACCGUGUAUGGAGUGACGAAAAUUGGCAUCACCGUCCUGUCCAGAAUCCAUGCCAGGAAACUGAGUGAGGAGAGGAGAGGGGACAAGAUCCUCCUGAAUGCCUGCUGCCCAGGGUGGGUGAGAACCGACAUGGCAGGACCAAGAGCCACCAAAAGCCCAGAAGAAGGAGCAGAGACCCCCGUGUACUUGGCCCUUUUGCCCGCAGAUGCUGAGGGGCCUCAUGGAGAGUUUGUUACGGAGAAGAAAGUAGAACAAUGGUGAGUUCAACUCAUAGCUCCCGCGGGCCCCAUUAUACUACGUGCCCUGAUUUGAUCAAAAUGGCACACUGGCAAAAAUAUCCCUAUCCAAAAGUAAAAAAAGAAGAGGAAGAAUCAAAAUAUCCCUAUUGAGCACUCAUUUUGACUUGGCUACCAAUUCUGCGAAGUCUUUGGUGAUUUCCUCUGUGCUAUAGGGGGAGAAAAAAUAGAAUCAAUGACAAUGAAUGAAAAUCAAUAGAUGAAUAAAUGGUUCUUUAUAAAUGUG